CACUAUAAUUAAACCAAUUCCAACACCAAUAACAAUCCACUUGUCCAACAAACACAAACACAAACCCGAGCGUUAUAUACAGAGUCAAAGUUUUAGCAGUAGCAGAACAAGGAAGAAAGAAGAGCGUUAUAUUCAGAGUCAAAGGUUUAGCAGUAGCAGAACAAGGAAGAAAGAAGAAGAAGAAAAAGAAAAGGAGAUUACGGGAGAGAUGGGUGUAGAUUAUUACAAGAUAUUACAGGUAGAUAAGUCUGCAAAAGAUGAUGAUUUGAAGAAAGCUUAUAGAAAGCUUGCUAUGAAGUGGCACCCUGAUAAGAACCCCAACAACAAGAAAGAAGCUGAGGCCAAAUUCAAACAGAUCUCUGAAGCCUAUGAGGUUCUAAGUGAUCCACAAAAGAGAGCAAUAUAUGAUCAGUAUGGUGAAGAAGGUCUCAAAGGCCAAGUGCCACCACCCGAUGCCGGGGGACCAGGUGGUCACGGCGGCGCAACAUUCUUCCAAACGGGAGACGGUCCAACUGUGUUCAGAUUCAAUCCCCGAAACGCAGAUGACAUUUUUGCCGAGUUUUUCGGAAAUUCCAACCCAUUUGGAGGAAUGGGAGGUCUUGGUGGCAUGAGGGGAGGUUCAAGGUUUGGUGGUGGUGGUGGUGGUGGAAUGUUUGGAGAUGACAUUUUUACUUCAUUUGGGGAUGGCAGAACGAUGAGUUCCGCCCCUCGGAAGGCUGCUCCAAUUGAAAGGACAUUGCCUUGUAGUCUUGAAGAACUAUAUAAGGGGACAACAAAGAAGAUGAAAAUUUCAAGGGAAAUUGCAGAUGCCAGUGGGCAGACCUUGCCAGUGGAGGAGAUUUUAACCAUUAACAUCAAGCCCGGCUGGAAAAAGGGCACAAAAAUCACCUUCCCAGAGAAAGGAAACGAACAACCAAAUGUCAUUCCGGCAGACCUCAUCUUCAUCAUUGACGAGAAACCACACAGUAUAUUCAUGAGAGAAGGCAACGAUCUUGUUGUCACUCAGAAAAUAUCACUUGCUGAAGCAUUAACAGGUUACACGGUCCAUCUUACAACCCUCGAUGGCAGAAACCUGACCGUCGCCAUCAACAAUGUGAUUCAUCCAAAUUAUGAAGAGGUUGUUCCAAAAGAAGGGAUGCCAAUACCAAAACAGCCGUCGAAGAGAGGCAAUCUCCGAAUCAAGUUCAACAUCAAAUUUCCGACAAGGAUGACAGCCGAGCAGAAGUCUGGAAUCAAGAAAUUAUUGGCACCAUGAUGUAGAUUAUGCCCCGCCCUUGUGCAUACCUUUGUGGCCCCUUAAUUUUCUCCAGAAUGGUUUAGAUUCGUAUUGCUUAUACGUGUGAUAGAGCAUUAUGUUGUCAUACAAUUUAAUAAAAAUGUAACUAGUUGUUGGUUAGCCAAGAAAAAAGGAUGAAUAAACCAAUUUUGGCUGCCUCACUCAAUUCUGCUAGAAUGAUAAGAAACUUUGUGGAACUUGUGCAACUAUAUUGUGAAAGGUUUGGGAUAUUUGAGUAGUAUAAAAAAAGUAAGAAAUGAGCAAAUUAGUUCAUUUAAAUGGAAA